AUGGAUGAUGCACAUGUCAAUAAGUUAACUGCGCCUCGUUCAGCGGAACCAUCGUCCAAUCCGGACCUCAUCGAACUUCGACAAUCUGAUGCAUCAUUGCAAUUUGCCAAAACAGAUGAAGAAGCUAUCAACCCUCCACCAGCAGCUAAUAUUUGGGGACUUUACAACGGGCACGUGUCCAGAGCCAAAGCUGGGCACCCUCCGAUGAAUCCAUCCCACCACGAUUCUCAGGGUGUGAGGUUCAGAGUGACACUGCAGCUUUGUGACUCUGUGUACGAUCCGGCCCCCGGAACGAAACUGCCCUCCGGAUCUUCAGCUGUGGACACAGGAUGUUUACUAGUGGGUUACCUGAAAAUCUCCAGUGAUAGCAAGUGUGUCCUUUCCUACGUUAAUUCUCCGGGCCUUUUAUUUAUAACUUGGGUGCAGUGGUUAGAAGAGCAGAAUUUCAGGCUCCUCACGGUUCAGAGUCUAAAGGGCAACCGUAAGGACUGCCGUUGGGACAGCAGCCUCCAGGCUUUCCGAAGAUUUAUGGAGGCUUUGUGCUACAGGUGUUUUUCUAUUUCCUUCCAAGCCGCCCAAUCAGCGCCCGCUCCUCCCGGAGGGGCGAGCUGUGAUUGGUCCGGCGGCGCUGUCGCUCCCGCCCCUCCCCGCCGAGGGCUCUCCGGGCGCGGGGUAAGACCCGGAGCCGGAGCCGGAUCGGGAGCGGACCGAAGCUCGGAAACUUGGCCCCGAGUCGGAGGGGCCCGAGCCGGUGCGCGAUCCCGGAGCGGAUCCCGCAGGAGCGGACCGGAGCGGAGGGGGCGGGGACCUGCUGCAAACUUUAUUCUCCUUGUUGGGGAGGUUGGUGCCGCUGCCGCCUCCGAGGGAGCUCCGAGGCCGUGCACCGAGCGGGCUCCUCCUUCUCCUCCUCCUUCUCCUUCGUGCUCAUCGCCCGGCUUCUCUGCAGCGGCCAAGUUUGCAACGGAGCUCGGGCAGCGGGGACGCUGGAGACGCCCGGGAUCCCUGCUCAGGGCGCGGUGCUCCUCGCUUUGUGCUCAACGCUCCGUGCCCAGCCCUUGCAGCGCCGGGCUGCGGGCUCAGGGCUCGUUGCCUGGUGCUCCGAGCUCCUUGCUCCGUGGUCCCGGGGGCGGCGGGGGGUCGGGCGGCGGGGGCAUCGGGGGCCUCAUCGGCGGCAGGAAGGGGUCCGGCCCCGGGGCUUUCCGCCUCACCGAGAAGUUCGUCCUGCUGCUGGUCUUCAGCGCCUUCAUCACCCUCUGCUUCGGGGCCAUCUUCUUCCUCCCCGACUCGUCCAAGCUGCUCAGCGGCGUCUUCUUCCACUCGGGGGCCGCCGGGGGACGAGGACGUCCGGGGAAGCCUUGGAGGAGGCCCCAGGACCAGCUCCAUCCUCAGCUCCAACCCCAGGACCGGCCCCAUCACCUGGACCAGCCCCAGGACCAGCCCCAGGACCAGCCCCAUCACCUGGACCGGCCCCAGGACCAGCCCCGGCUCCAUCACCUGGACCACGCCCAGCUGUACCCCCAGGACCCUCCCCGCUUCCAUCUCCAGCCCCAGGACCGGCUCCAGCAGGAGGCCGCCCACAACCUGGCCAGGAUCCGACAGGAACACGAGCGGGCCCUCCGGGAGGCCAAGGAGACCCUGCGGAAGCCCCCCGAGGAGAUCCAGCGGGACAUCCUCCGGGAGAAGGAGAAGGUCCUCCGGGAAAAGCCGCGCCUCCGGACCGGGGGCGGGGGGCUGCCUCCCCUCGUCUUCCGGCCACCCGUCGGGGCCGUGGGGCGGGAGCCCCAGGACCCGGUUAUCCGGCAGAAGAGGGCCAAGGUUAAAGAGAUGAUGAAACAUUCUUGGGAUAAUUAUAAGCGCUAUGCCUGGGGAUUAAAUGAACUGAAACCCAUAUCGAAACAAGGACACUCAAGCAAUUUAUUUGGAAAUAUCCAAGGAGCAACCAUAGUAGAUGCCCUAGAUACCUUAUAUAUAAUGGAAAUGAAAGAUGAAUUCAAGGAAGCCAAAGAAUGGGUUGAGAAAAAUUUAGAAUUUAAUGUGAAUGCUGAAAUCUCUGUUUUUGAAGUAAACAUUCGAUUUGUUGGAGGGCUUCUCUCAGCCUAUUAUCUCUCUGGAGAAGAGAUAUUUCGGAGAAAAGCCGUGGAACUUGGAGAAAAGCUGCUACCUGCUUUUAAUACUCCCACCGGAAUACCGUGGGCAUUGCUAAAUAUGAAAAGUGGGAUUGGUCGAAACUGGCCCUGGGCCUCAGGAGGAAGUAGCAUUCUGGCAGAAUUUGGAACCCUGCAUUUGGAAUUUAUCCAUUUGAGCCAUUUGUCUGGGAACCCGGUUUUUGCGGAAAAGGUAAUGAAUAUUCGGAAAGUUCUGAACCAGUUGGAUAAACCGGAAGGUCUUUACCCUAACUAUUUGAAUCCCAGUAGUGGACAGUGGGGUCAGCAUCACGUAUCAAUUGGAGGGCUUGGAGAUAGCUUUUAUGAAUAUUUGCUAAAGGCCUGGCUCAUGUCCGACAAGACAGAUGAAGAAGCCAAGAAAAUGUAUUUCGAGGCUGUUCAGGCCAUCGAGACCCACCUCAUCCGGAAAUCCAGUAGCGGUCUGACUUACAUUGCCGAGUGGAAAGGUGGCCUCCUGGAACACAAAAUGGGUCAUUUGACUUGCUUUGCUGGAGGCAUGUUUGCCCUCGGCGCAGAUAGCGCCCCGAAUGACAAAACUGGACGUCACAUUGAACUUGGGGCCGAAAUCGCUCGCACGUGUCAUGAGUCUUACGACCGCACAAAUGUGAAACUGGGACCUGAAGCAUUCAGAUUUGAUGGAGGUGUCGAAGCCAUCGCAACCAGACAAAACGAGAAGUAUUACAUCCUGAGGCCUGAGGUUCUGGAGACCUACAUGUACAUGUGGAGAUUGACUCAUGACCCCAAAUACAGAAAGUGGGGCUGGGAAGCCGUAGAGGCACUGGAAAAACACUGCCGAAUAGAUGGUGGGUAUUCCGGCCUUCGAGAUGUUUAUAGCAACCAUCUGAGUCAUGAUGAUGUGCAACAGAGCUUCUUCCUUGCAGAGACACUCAAGUAUCUCUACUUGCUAUUUUCUGAUGAUGACCUUCUCCCCCUGGAACAUUGGAUCUUUAACACUGAAGCUCACCUUCUCCCUAUACUCCGCAAGGAUGCUGAGAAAGAAGACAAACACACAUAAAAGCCAGUUCCCAUUUCAUCUUGCUGCAUUCCCCUCAUUUUGCUGCACACCUGAAGAGUUCCUUUCUUGUAUUCAGGCCCAUGGUGUAUUUUUAUUAAGAUUGGAGUGAUUAUGCUACAUUUUAAACCAAUUAUUUUGCAGUCUAUUAUGUUUACCAGUAAAUAUUUAUAAAUGAACCUAAAUUAUUUAGACUGUAAUUAUAAUUUCCUUGACAUUUGUCUAGCCAAUAGAGCUUAAUUUUUUUUUAAGGAAACUAACAUCCUGAAAGUUCCUCAAACCGCAGUGUCGUUUUUGUCAAAUACAAGGGUCUGCAUGUUAUCUGUUAUAAUACUUUUGAUUUGACUGCAAAGGUUUUCCUCCUCUAUGAGGAGAUGAUGUCUGCUUGAAGCUGUAAUAUUUUGCCAUGUUGCAAAAAGCCAUAAUGAAUUAAGUAUAGAUUUUUUUUUCUUUUCAAUUUCACGUUAGUCUGGUUUGACUGUCCAUCCGAGACGAAUCUUGUAACUGUGACAGCCUCCUCUUAUGCGGGUCUAUCAUUAUUUGGUAAAAAGUCUUCUUCAGCAUUUCAUUUACAUUGGAAUACAAAUAGGAAAAUCCACAUAGGAGAAUUGCCACCUCAUUCUGACUCUUUCCUUUUAGAACUGGUUUGAAGGAAACCUAACCAGGUUCUGCACGUCAACUGCAUUUUGUGGUGUUUUUUUUUUUUUUUCGGACGUUUACUAAUUUGUGAAACUUGCCUCAAAUUUUGUUUAGAAUGUACUGUAUUACUGCAAACUGAAUAACUUCUUCCUUAACCUACCCCUGGGACUGAGGGUUCUCAGCAAAGAGUUUGCGGUGGAAGCAAACAGAGUUCUGGACAAACCUGCUCUCCCUGAAUUACUGACAGAGGGACCAGUGUAACUAUAGUACUGGAAGCUCUUUUUUUCUCACUAGAAAGUAAAAAUCUUUCUAAGAUCGGCUGAGAAUUCUGAUGGCUGUUGUUUUUUGACUUUUUUGGAAAUCUGUCGGUCAUUGUCUUUGAUUCUAGUCUUGGAAAACAUUCCGAUUGGUCUAACUUGUGAUCUAAGUCACCGUCAAAUGGAGUGAGUGAUUUCAGUCAAAAAGGUCUUGCCUCAGUAAUAGCAACUCCGCCUGAGAAAAUCUCAUUCUAAUAUUUAUUACUAAGUGAAAACACUGAGUGACUCUGCUCCAAGGCAGCCCAAGUUAUAGAAACAUUUUAUUUUUGAAAAAACCUCAACACAAAAAGCUCAAUAUGACCUACAGAUGUCCAUGUGCCAAAAUCCCGGACCAGAUUUUCUCCUUAGUCAAUCCUAUAGACUCUCCUCCAGAAAGAGAUUUUAGCUGUUAAAUGUUAUUUGGUUCACCAAAGGAGGGAAGAAAAGGGUACAAUUUUUGGAUUUCCGAGCAGAGGUAUUUAUACGAGAAUUCCUAUGGACAUUAAAAGGUAAAAAUUUCUAUUGUGGGAAAUGGAACCGAUCUUCAUAUUCUGGAGUUUGAAUGAAAUUCCCUCACUUGCAACAGCAGAAACACACCAAAAUGCUAAAUUUCGUUACUCUGUGGUAAAUGCAAGUGGAGUGGAUCAAAUAUUUCAGACAUUUUGGCUAAACACAGAGGAGUUCAAGACAGUUCAGAAUGCCACGAUCAGACACAUAUGCCUUUGGUGAAGAGGGUGGCUGUCUGUCUUUUAUGCCAGCCUUUUCCCCUAUCCCAGAGGCCCCUCUGCCUCUCCCAGAUCCAGCCCUGAUUUGAUUAAACAAGGCUGUACAGUUGUUUUCUCGUGGGCAGAAUUGUUACCAUGGAUUGUAUUUUCUCCAAACCAGAGCCAAUGGGUGCUUGAAUUCUAUUAAAUGGAUAACAAUAAAUACCAACCAGUGGUAUUUAUUGAGUGCUUAGUGUGUGCAGAGCACAGAACUAAGCGCUUGGGAGAGUACAGUAUAACAGUUGGUAGGCACGUUCCUUGCCCACCAGGAGCUUGCAGUCUAGAGGAAUCUUCCUUUUGAUUCAUUUACAGUAUGCCAAGGAAAGAGCUGAUGUAUGUAAGCUAAAUAGAAAGGAUCUCCUUUGAAAGAAGGUUGAAUUUAAGCUCUGCCCUUCCAACACACUAAUCCACCAUGUGCUUUUAAAGUAAAUGGUCUUCCCGGACCUCAACUUCCUAGCUAGUGUCAAGUGCUAUAUGUAGAAUAUGUGUUUUUUCCCCUAAACCCUCUUGCCUGAGCCCGCCAUUCUAUUUUAGCUUUGAUAAUUAUAUUUUAGGUCUUAUGGCUAAAGGCCAGAUAAUAAAUCCAAAAAUCAGGAACUAAUAGUGAUGCAGAAAAAUUGGGGCAGAUAUGUUUCCUUGACCUGGUGUAACCUCCAGCUUAUAUUUUUCAAGUCUUCUCUUUUAAUUUAAUAUGGACAAUUAAGUGUACACUUUCCUUUCUGGACUAUAGCCAAAAUUGGACCUUAUGCAUUUAGAUUCUAGUUUUCAUUUUACCUUCCAUGGAAUGAGGAAAAUACAAAAACUUAUUUUCUUGAUUUCUUUAAGCUAUGAUUUGAAAGAGCACAAAGUUGAUAUCUAUUUCUUCAACAGGUAGGGAAUUCAAUUCAGGUUGUAUGUACAAACUGCACUAUAAUGUACCUUUUGUAUCCUGGUGUAAGUAGACAGGAAGAUUGUACUACAUAGAGCUCUGCCAAUGGCAGGAAUAACCUUUUGUAAAUUCUAGAGCUUUGUUUUUAAGAAGAAUCCCAAACACCAAAAAGUUAAACAUUACAAGGGAUAGAUGAGUUGUGAAAAUUCAAUAGAAUCAUUUUGAGUUUUGAAUAUUUUAAAGAGAUCUUUAUGGAGAAACCACCUUUCAUUCCUCUUCAGCAUUACAAUGAAGUCAAGCUUACAUCUGGUAAUAUUCUGAAAGGUGAAUAAUGUAAACAGCACUUAAUUUUGUUUUCCUGAAAAUAUGCUUUUGAUACAGUUUGUGAAAUACUGCAUAUAUGUGUGUUAUAUGACAAAUUUACGAUACCUAAUCAUGUUUGUGGUGACCUCAUCCUGUUACCCAUUUCUGUGCGUAAAGGUGGGUUCUGAUUUGUAUAUAAUCCAUUUCAUCUUUUUCACCUUUCUAUAAAUCUCUAAUGUUAGCGGGGACAUAUUAGAUCAAGACACAUACUUUUUAAGAACUAUAUUUGUAAAAUUUCUCUAUUGUGAAUAAAGUCUUUUAAUAUAUCUCUUCA